AUGACUCUGUAAGACCAAAUGUGACUUUAAAGGCCAUGAUCAUAGACCCUGAAGUGGUGUUCGUUGCGAACCUGACAAAGGCCGAUGCUCCUGCCCUGAUGGCCUCGUUCCAGUGCAGCCUCUCCCUGUCAACAUCCAAACCUGAGCAGAUGAUGGAGGCGUCUGUGAGAGAGCUUAAAGUGCUCGCCUGCCCUUUUCUCAGAGAAAAGCGAGGGGCAAACGUCACUACAGUCUUACAACCUUGCUCUUUAUUUAUGGAAAAAUGUACCUGGGCUUCUGGGAAACAAAAUAUCAACAUUACAGUCAAAGAAUGUAUAAUUAAGAUCUCCCCCAUAAUACUUAAUACUGUGAUGACAAUCAUGGCUGCGAUGUCUCCAAAACCAAUAGAAGAGGAAUCCAAAAAUACAGCUAAGGAAAUGACAAAUAUCUGGGACAUCGUAUCGAUUGAUGAUUAUAAUGCCUGGUUUCUUGGUGUUGACACGGCAUCAGAAAUAACGGAGAACUUCAAAGACACAGAAUGUUCAUUGGCAGAGGAAAACUGUGCGGUGGUGGUGGAAUCAGUUCAAGUUACUUUGGAAUGUGGCCUAGGACAUCGGACUGUCCCUUUACUGUUGGCUGAGUCUAAGUUUUCAGGCAUUAUUAAGAAUUGGACUUCCCUCAUGGCUGCCACUGCUGACAUGACACUGGAGGUUCACUAUUACAAUGAGACCCAUGCUGCCUGGGAGCCCCUGAUUGAGAGGGUAGAGGGAAAAAGACAAUGGAAUUUAAGGCUUGAUGUGAAGAAGAGCCCAGUUCAGGAUAAAAAUUUCAUGCCAGGAGACGACUUUAUAUAUCUUCCUGAUCCACAAAUGGCUAUUUAUAUUUCUUCAGGAGAUACAAUGAAUAUAACCAUAUCCAAAAGUUCCCUCAACGUCUUCAAUAAUUUAGCAAAAGGCUUUUCAGAGGGCACCGCUGCUACUUUUGACUACUCCUUAAAAGACCGGGCUCCUUUUAAAGUAAUCAACGCUCUGGGCAUCCCCAUCAAGGUGCAGGCCAACCGAAAUCUCCGAGUCCUGGGCUCCCCUGAGAAACGUGAUAUCUAUGAUGUUGAUAUCUGUCAGAGUUUGGAAUUGGAAUAUACCAGCCCGGAACCUUUACGGCAAGGGAAGUUCUCAGUACUGAGCCGCCAACAAAGCUCCUUUUUCACACUCACCUUUGUACCUCGUGGCUACUCAGAAGUUGCAAACAUCCCUGUUGUCAGGCCUGCCCGGCGACUGUACAAUGUGAGAAAUCCCACGGCCAGUUGGACUGACUCCGUGCUAGUGCAGAUUGAUGCAACUGAAGGAGAUAAAGUAAUCACCCUUCGCUCUCCCCUCCAGAUUAAAAACCAUUUCUCUAUUGCAUUCAUCAUCUAUAAGUUUGUUAAGAAUGUUAAGCUCCUGGAGCGAAUUGGAGUAGCAAGACCUGAAGAGGAAUUCCAUGUUCCAUUAGACUCCUACAGAUGUCAGUUGUUUAUUCAGCCAGCUGGACUCUUAGGGCAUCAGUACAACACAUCCACCACCUACAUUUCCUGGAAGGAGGAACUGCACCGAAGCAGCGAAAUCAGGUGCAUGCUGCAGUGUCCAUCAACAGAAGCGAACUUCCUACCUCUCAUAGUGAAUACGGCUGCUGUGCCUGAUGAAUUAAGCUAUAUUUGUACACAUGGGGAAGACUGGGAUCCAGCAUACAUUAUCCAUCUUUACCCUCCUCUUACUUUGCGUAAUCUUCUCCCAUAUUCUCUAAGAUAUUUACUAGAGGGGACAGCAGAAACCUACGAGCUCGCAGAAGGCAAUGCUGCUGAUGUUCUGCAUUCGAGAAUCCGUGGAGAGAUACUGGAAUUGGUCUUGAUGAAGUACCAGGGCAAGAACUGGACCGGGCAUUUCCGCAUCAGUGGUGCACUCCCUGAGUUCUUCCUGGUGUGCUUCACCUCUGACUCUGCAGAAGUGAUGACGCUUGACUUGUCAGUGCAUGUCAGGCGCACCAGGAGCCGGAUGGUGCUGUCCGUCUUUAGUCCCUAUUGGCUCAUCAAUAAGACCUCCCGGGUUCUCCAGUAUCGUGCAGAAGACAUUCAUGUCAAGCAUCCAGCGGACUUCAGGGAUAUUGUUUUGUUCUCAUUCAAGAAGAAGAACAUUUUUAGGAAAAAUAAGGUGCAGUUAAAGAUUUCUACUAGUGACUGGUCCAGUAGCUUCUCAUUGGAUACUGUGGGAAGUUAUGGGUGUGUGAAAUGUCCUGCUGGUAAUACGGAAUACCUGGUUGGUGUUAGCAUCAAAAUGAGCAGUUUCAAUCUUUCUCGAAUAGUUACUCUGACUCCUUUUUGUACCAUUGCAAACAAGUCAGCAUUAGAACUAGAAGUUGGUGAAAUUGCACCUGACGGCUCAAUACCAACUAAAAAAUGGAACUAUAUCUCCGCUUCUGAGUGUCUUCCGUUUUGGCCUGAAAAUUUGUCAGGGAAACUAUGUGUGAGAGUGGUGGGCUGUGAAGGAUCUUCCAAACCAUUCUUUUAUAACCGGCAGGAUAAUGGCACUUUAUUGAGUUUAGAAGACUUGAAUGGGGGCAUCUUGGUGGAUGUCAACACUGCUGAACACUCAACAGUCAUAACCUUCUCUGAUUACCAUGAGGGGUCUGCACCUGCCCUAAUAAUAAACCACACACCUUGGGAUGUCCUCACAUAUAAACAGAGUGGAUCCCGGGAUGAAAUGGUACUGCUGCCCAAGCAAGUCAGGCUUUUUGCCUGGGCAGACCCUACUGGCACCAGAAAGCUGUCCUGGAGAUAUGCGGCUAAUGUCGGGGAGCAUGCUCUUCUGAAGGAUGAAUGUGGACAGUUUGCGUACGACGCCAACAUCCAAAUACACUGGGUGUCGUUCCUAGAUGGACGCCAGAGGGUUUUGCUCUUCACGGAUGACGUUGCUUUGGUUUCUAAAGCGCGGCAGGCAGAGGAACUGGAACAAGCGGAUCAUGAAAUAGUCUUGUCUCUUCACAGUCUUGGACUCUCUCUGGUUAAUAAUGACAACAAGCAGGAAGUUUCAUAUAUUGGGAUAACCAGUUCUGGUGUUGUUUGGGAGAUGAAACCCAAACAGAAAUGGAAGCCUUUUAGUCAAAAGCAGAUAAUCGUGUUGGAACAGGCGUACCAGAAAUACCAAGCAUCAGGAAACUCGGGCUGGAUUAAACUAGACACUAAUUUUGAGGUGAAUUUUGAUAAAGCCCCAAUGGAAAUGCGACUGCCUAUCCGGUGCCCUAUUAAACGAGAUUUUUUAUCUGGAAUUCAGAUUGAAUUUAAGCAGUCUCCUCAUCAGAGAAGUUUAAGGGCCAUGUUGUACUGGCUUCAGGUUGAUAAUCAGUUACCCGGCACCAUGUUCCCUGUUGUAUUUCAUCCUGUGGCCCCACCAAAGUCUAUAGCUCUGGAUUCUGAGCCGAAACCCUUCAUCGAUGUCAGCGUCAUCACGAGGUUUAAUGAUUACAGCAAAGUCCUGCAGUUCAAGUAUUUUAUGGUCCUCAUUCAGGAAAUGGCCUUAAAAGUCGAUCAAGGGUUUCUAGGAGCUAUUGUUGCACUGUUUACUCCAACUACUGACCCUGAAGCUGAAAGAAACCGGACGAAGUUAAUCCAACGAGAUAUUGAUGCUCUAAACACAGAAUUAAUGGAGACUUCAAUGACUGAUAUAUCAAUGCUUAGUUUCUUCGAACAUUUCCAUAUUUCUCCAGUUAAGUUGCAUUUGAGUCUGUCUUUGGGUUCUGGAGGUGAAGAAUCAGACAAAGGAAGGCAAGAAAUGAUUGCAAUUCAUUCUGUCAACUUGCUGUUGAAAAGCAUAGGAGCUACUCUGACUGACAUGGACGACCUCAUAUUUCAACUUGCUUAUUAUGAGAUUCGCUAUCAGUUUUACAAGAGAGAUCAGCUCGUUUGGAGUGUUGUUAGACAUUACACUGAACAGUUCUUGAAACAGAUGUAUGUCCUUGUGUUGGGUUUAGAUGUGCUUGGAAACCCGUAUGGAUUAAUUAGAGGGCUGUCUGAAGGAGUUGAAGCGUUAUUCUAUGAGCCCUUUCAGGGUGCUGUUCAGGGCCCUGAAGAAUUUGCUGAGGGUUUAGUGAUUGGAGUAAGAAGUCUCUUUGGACACACAGUAGGUGGUGCUGCAGGCGUUGUCUCCAGAAUCACAGGCUCUGUUGGGAAAGGGUUGGCAGCAAUCACAAUGGACAAGGAGUAUCAGCAGAAAAGAAGAGAAGAAAUGGGUCGACAGCCUAAAGAUUUUGGAGACAGCCUAGCCAGAGGAGGAAAGGGCUUGCUGCAAGGAGUUUUUGGUGGUGUGACUGGAAUAAUAACAAAACCCGUGGAAGGUGCCAAAAAAGAGGGAGCUGCUGGAUUCUUUAAAGGAAUUGGAAAGGGGCUUGUGGGUGCUGUGGCUCGUCCGACAGGGGGCAUCAUAGACAUGGCUAGCAGCACCUUCCAAGGAAUUCAGAGGGCAGCAGAAUCAACUGAGGAAGUGUCCAGCCUCCGUCCCCCUCGCCUGAUUCACGAGGAUGGCAUCAUCCGGCCAUACGACAGGCAGGAGUCUGAGGGCUCUGAGUUAUUUGAGAACCGCGUCAAGAAGCUAGAAGAAGAGACCUACAGAUACCACUGUAGCAUCCCAGGAGCUAAGAAGUCAACUCUCAUGGUUACAAAUAGGCGAGUGAUGUGUAUAAAGGAAGUUGAGAUCCUGAGCCAUAUGUCCAUUGACUGGCAGUGUUCAUUUGAGGAUUUCCUGUGUCCUCCUAGUGUUGAUGAGAAUCUGCUAAAAAUUUCGGCGAAGGAUCAGAGCGUGUUCCACAGAAAGGACGGUGCCGGUCAAAGCUGUCUCCGGAAGGUCCAUCUGCGGGACAGCGCCACAGCCAAGAGAGCGCAUAAUGCCAUUGAAGAUGCGCAGUCCAGGAGACACCAGAAAAUGCUAGUGAAGCAGUCAUCCCUGAAGCUUCUACGGCCCCAGCUACCAUACUAGUCCCUGCUCCCAGUGCACGUGAGCGGCUGCCACGGGAGAGCCUGCCCUCCGCCUUGCCUGUCCAUCACUUGUUUAUCUUGCGAAAGGGAGUUUUUCCUCUUUACUCCUACACUGUCACCUGAAUGGGCCAGGCUUGCAAAGAGAUGCGACUCCAUAUUCAGAGUGAGGUUCUCGUGGAUGUUAACAUUGUAAAGCCAGGCGCAGUGGGCCUCACUGAUGGUGAAAGAGGAGCUGAGCUCACCUUUGCUCUCUGAGGGCUUUUACCAGUGGACAAAUAGUGGACGGUGUGACACUGUUGUUUAGGGUAGUUUGUUCAAUAAUUGAAUGGAGGUCACAUUUUGUAAAGCUGGUACUUGACUGAAGAAAAGCCCCAAAGGAAGAAAGGACGUUUCCCAUUUUAUCUUCAUGAAAACAUUGUUUUUCUUGUAAUUAAAACGUCUUAAUUGGUACUUAGUUUUCCUCUUUGCAUUAUAAUAUAAAGAUUUAUAGACCAAUCAAACAUUAAGAUAUUCUAUAAUAUAUGUAAUAUAGCAUUCACAAAAUGUUGAAGAUUAUUUACAUGUUCUUUCAAGAUGAACUUGCAUGGCAUGAUUAUAAUUUGCUGAUACAUUAAAAUAUUGCACUUUAAGUUUUUCAAGACUCAGAAAUAAUGAAAAAUUCAAUAGUACCAUAGUCCCAGAUACUGGCUUCCUAAAAGCUAAAAGACUUUAAUGCUUAUCUAGGGCUGUAUCUUAAAUACUUAUUACCAAGCACCCGCCAAUGAGCUGAUUCUGACUCAUAGACCCUGUAGUUCAGAGCUGCCCCUCUGGAUUGUUGAGGCCGUCUCUCUACAGGAGCAGAAGGUCGAAUCUUUCUACAGAGCAGUGGCUGGUGGUGUCACUGUUGAGCUUUGGGGCUAGCAGGUCAGCCCGUAACCCAGUGUGCAGUCAGGGCUCCUCCAGGUGCUCGGGAGGAGGACUGGAAAUCUGGCUGCUCUGUAGGUAAGUUACACAGGCCUGUGUGGUCACACUGGGAGAUGUGUUCUUUGAACGAGCUGGCCUAGGAGAAUUGGUUCAGUAAGGCAGGCAGUAUUUUUUUUGUCCUUUCUACAUCCCACUUCUGUUCAUCAGAAUUACAAAAAGCAAAAUCAAACCGACUCAAUUCUGAUUCAUAGUGACCCUGUAGGACCGAGUAGAACUGCCAUCAGUCUCCAGAAGCAGAAUUACCACUCCUGUGAAGUGGCUGGUGACUUUGAACCACUGUCCUUUUGGUGAGCAGCCCACAUUCUUACCCACUGUGCUUCUUGGUCAAAAAUACAGUCUGUUAAAGCGCUUAAGAAGAUUGCAAAGGGCUCCGUUUCCUUGGAUGAACCUGCAUAUGGGUUGAGGAUGGCAUGGGCUAUUGAAUCACUGAGGGCUGUCGAAUCAAGUGAGCGCGUGGACACCCUGGGUUUGCUCGCUUUUUGUCGAGGUGAGGUAGUUCUGUUUUUAUUUGUUGUUUUUUUAUGACUACCACAUUUUUUGGUAGUGCUAUUUAAUGUGUGAUCUAAGUGGAAAGCAAUACCUAAUGUGUCCUGGAUGGUUGAUCUCUGUUGCAGUUCUUUUUCUUUUUUUUUCCCUGUGAAAGAAAGUAUACUUAACCCUUUUCACAGACUCGUUAAGGCAGUGGCCAAUUGUCACUUAUUAAAGGGAUCAUUAUAAACAGAAUUUCAUCGCAAAUGUGCUAGUAUUUUGUGUUUUUAAGAUGGACAUAAACAGAAUUUGAGUUAACUAUUUUUCAUAUGUACCAUAGUUCUUAACAGUGCCCUAUGUAUCUUGGGACAUUAUAUUGCACUAAUCAUCUGCUAAAGAAAAUGCACAUGCAAAAUAUCAAACUAAGGCAUAUCAUUAUAUAGAAAUGUAUAAACGUAUUAUCUUAGAAAUACUUUCUAAUAUCUUAUAUGAUUUAAUCCCCUGAGACAGAAGCAAUCCUUCUGUGUAGGGUUCUGUGUAAUAGUGUUCUGUUGUGUUUUUAAAAGUGCUUUCAGAGUCAAUUCCAUGCAAACUGAGAGAAAUAAAAUACUUGGUGCAUUGUUUAAA